AUGCUCACGACCGCCACUUUCUUUUUUCUCCUUCCAUACAUCGCCAUUGCGAUCCCCGUCAAUCCGGACUCAAUAGAUACCUCCGCCAGUGUCCUCCUCUGUAGCGAAAUCAACUACAACGGCAUCUGCACCCAGCACGCCACGCCCCUCGGCAAUAACAACUGCAAUUCCAUCGACGGCGACAGCAGCACUGUCAAAUCCAUCAAGACCGAUGACGACCUAGACUGCAUCUUCUACUCGUAUGUCAACCCCUUCCUCUCCUCUGAUGCAAUAUGUGUGCCAACACAGACGACAAAUCACAGCAACGGCGUCUGUCGCACUUUCCUCGACCCAGCUGCCGAAUCCUUGACCGUACACUCUCCCGGAAACGCUGAUCUGGCCGCCAACAGCGGCUGGACGCGGCCGCUGCUGAGCUACACAUGCGUCUCGGUCAAGACGACCGAAUAUGCUAAAAAUCGGCAAGGUGGCGAAGAAGGAGAGAAUGAGAGAAGAAGUGUCUAA